AUGCGAAAUCCAGUGCAGGGUGGAGGCAGAGCGAGCCCGGCUAUUACGGCGCCGGCGCCGAGACAGGCGGUGCUACAUUUGAGGGGCGCGACGAGGGAGGAAGAGUGUGAGCGUGGGCAGGAGGGCGAGAGUGAGAGGAGGGGCAUUUCGUGGGCGGAGGAUGUGGUUGAUAAUGAGGGGAUGGGGAGGAAGAGUAGUAAAGUCUGCUGCAUAUACCACGCUCCGAAAGGAAUCGACGAGUCGAGUGAUGAGAGCUCGAGUGAUUCGAGUAGUGAUAGUGAUAGCGGGGAUGAUGGGUCCGCAAGGCCGGUGAGGAAACAGGGCGGUGGGCAUGGACAUGGACAUAAUCACGAUCAUGAUCACGGAAAGAGGUCUGGAAAGGGGAAGGGGAGAGCGAGGAGUCCGAAUGCGUAUGAGAAAGUGCGUAAGCCUAAAAGUGAGGGUGCUAAGGAUAAGGGAUAG